UAAAUACAUCAAUAAUUCGUUUACUUAUUCAAUCUUUUUGUCGAAAAAUGUAAUACUAUCGAGUCAGUGGCAUCAUAAUUCUUAUUCAAGUCUGACCCAUAGAGGUCAUAGAAGAAAUGUGUCUGUUCGCCAUAUUUUGCUACGAAAAUUAAGUUUGACGUAAGAGCCUACAAAAUUUUCGAGUGCACUCGCUAAACACAAAUCCAGCUACAUGUAACAUGUUCUCACUGAACUCCAUAAACACCCAAAAUCAGAUUUUAGUUAGUUUUAGCCAACUAUCGGCCCGCUACUCCAGUGUUUUCAGGCACAGAAAGCACAGUUAUGAUAAAAACAAGAAUGUUAAACGGAAAGAGAGCGCGGCGUUGACUUAUGAUGCAACAAUUUGCAAGGAAAGCUUUGAAGAGGCGAUCAAGAAUUUGGACAAAGAUGUCUUAGUGGAAUUGAAGAAAGUGGACAUCCGCUCGCUUGCAUCAUCCCCUCGCGUCUCAAGAGACACAGAACGGUGUCUAUCGCCUAGAAAGAUCUCUUAUGUAUCAGCAGAUUCCUUUGAGAAAAAUAAAAAUGGUUGGUCGGCCCAACCUCCACCAAGAGGUUUCCUCAGCUUCACAGAUCAGUUUGUGGGGUUAUUAUCAAGUAGUAUCCAGCAGAGGGGCUUCGAUAUCCAAGUGCGAGGCUUCAAGACGGAGAGAGGGAUCCAUGCGGACCUGAAACGGAACCCGAACUUGAUUAAUAGACUGCGUAAGUUCUUCGGGUUUGCAGCAGAGCCCCCUACCAGUAAGGACAAGCAGGCUUUGGGACCAGAUGUGGCCCCGCGCCUUGAGAAGCUGCUAGGAGAUGACUCGCCUCUCACUAGCCAGCAGAAAGACAAGAUCAAGAUUGCCUUUGCUGAGGGAUAUUUAGCUGGUUCCCACCCAGACAACGCGCGCGGCACCAAGGCCUCCAAGUACCUGAAGGUGGUGCAGCAGCUGCUGACCAUCGUGCUGUUCCUGGCCAUCUUCGUCAGCCUCAUGGCCUCCGUCAGCGGCACUGUGUUCCGGAUUCAGUUGGGCAACCAGGUGGAGGUGGAUCCCGAAGACAUCUCGGUGACAUUUGAUGAUGUGAAGGGUGCUGACGAGGCCAAACAGGAGCUGAAGGAUGUGGUGGAAUUCCUAAAGUCCCCUGAGAAGUUCUCAUCGCUCGGCGGCAAGCUGCCCAAGGGCGUGCUGCUAGUGGGUCCUCCGGGCACCGGCAAGACGUUGUUGGCGCGAGCGGUGGCCGGCGAAGCGAGGGUGCCGUUCUUCCACGCCGCCGGACCUGAGUUCGAUGAGAUACUUGUUGGACAGGGGGCGAGAAGAGUCAGAGAUUUGUUUAAAGCGGCAAAGGAGCGAGCGCCGUGUGUGAUAUUCAUUGACGAAAUCGAUUCUGUCGGAGCCAAGAGAACCAACAGCGUUCUACAUCCAUACGCCAACCAGACCAUUAACCAGCUUCUGUCAGAGAUGGACGGCUUCCACCAGAACGAGGGGGUCAUAGUCCUGGGCGCCACCAACCGCCGGGAUGACUUGGACCAGGCUCUGCUCAGGCCGGGACGUUUCGACGUGGAGGUGAACGUGCCAACACCGGACUACGGCGGUCGCCGCGACAUCCUCGACCUGUACCUGGGCCGCGUGACGGCCAACCCCGACGUGAACAGCGACGUGCUCGCUCGAGGGACCACGGGCUUCACCGGCGCCGACCUGGAGAACAUGGUCAACCAGGCCGCGCUCAAGGCAGCGAUCGACGGCGCAAAGACAGUCACAAUGAAGUAUCUAGAAGACGCCCGCGACAAGGUGCUGAUGGGUCCGGAGAGACGUUCCCGGCUGCCUGAUGAGGAGGCCAACACCAUCACCGCGUACCACGAGGGCGGACACGCGCUGGUAGCUUAUUACACCAAGGACGCGCACCCCCUGCACAAGGUGACCAUCAUCCCGCGCGGGCCGUCGCUGGGCCACACGGCCUACAUCCCCGCCAAGGAGCGCUACCACGUCACCAAGCAGCAGCUGCUGGCCAUGAUGGACACCAUGAUGGGCGGCCGAGCUGCUGAGGAGCUGGUCUUCGGCCCUGACAAGAUUACUUCAGGGGCCUCAUCGGACCUGAAGCAAGCCACCUCCAUCGCCCAGCACAUGGUGCGCGAGUGGGGCAUGAGCGAGCGAGUAGGGCUCCGCAGUAUGGAGACGUCGAGGGGGCAACAGUCACACACGCUGGGACCUCAGACCAAUGAACUAGUGGACACGGAGAUCAAGAAGUUGUUGACAGAGAGUUACGAGCGCGCGAAGAAUAUCCUUCGGACGCACGCCAAGGAACACAAGGCGCUCGCCGAGGCGCUGCUCAAAUAUGAAACUCUGGACUUGGAGGACAUCAAAGCCAUAGUGAACGGCGACAAGCCGGCUCCCGAGAAGAGCCGCUCCACCCGGGAGCCGGCGGGGGCGGCGGCGCCGGCGAGCCCGCAGCCCGCGCCCGCGCCCGCGCCGCUGCUGCCGCCGCGCCCGCCGCACGCGCAGCCCGCGUAACAGCCGGGCCACAUCGCAGCUGGAGGGACGUUAGAAGUGUCUUUGAAAAUUUUGCAGGCGCCAUAAAAUGCUUCCAAAUCAAUAAAAAUAAGCAAAACUCAAAACUGACACCACGCUAGUGAAACAGGAGAUGUAACCAUUAAUUAUUAAGGACUGAUAUUACAUAUUCAUAUUAUUUCAUCUUGGUUUUUAUUUAGACUAAAGAGAAUUUAGUAUAGACGCGGAUUGUCAAAGCAAAUUUUGGUCGCUCGCUCGACCAGAUGGCGCCAUACCUUUAGCCUAUACUCGUGUAGAUGGGCGACACUUUUUGAUAUUUAUCUUAUUUAAUACAUCAGUGAAAAAACAAGGAUCCAAGUCAAAUGGCGUUCUAAAAGUUUUAAUCAUGUGUCGAAAGAUGGCAAUAAAUUUACUGUGACUACGAAAUUUACUUUGACAAUUCGUCUCUAUACGAAAUUCUGUUUGAUUUAGACAUAACUUCAAUCGUUUCGGCUUUGUCGUGUUGGCAUACAAUAUUUAACACCGCAUACAAUAUUUUUUUCUAUUGGGAAAUAAAAUAUUAAUAAAUAAAACAAAUAUGAAUAAAUAGAUUAUUAGAUAAAUUGAGUUUCAGGAUGUUUUUGAAAAUACAGUAAGUAUAAAGAGUCGUUGCCGUUUCUACGAUAUGUCAUAGAAGCCUUAGACAUUUGAAGUGUUAAGUAUUAUUUUUGAACUUAGAUACACAUUUUUACUUUAGGGUGGUAUUCGACGUGUCCAAUGUCAGUACGUCUCACUCUCUCAUUAAAGCAAAAUGUGAGAGGCAAUACACAUUUGACAAAGGAAUAAGAUAGAUGGAAUACCACCCUUUACCGUAUGGGCCUUUACGGGCAUUUCAUAAUUUGUCCGUUGAGUAUAGUUUUCAUUUUAUUAAAUUGUUUUAUGUACCAUUGACCGGGGUGACUUUCAAAUGCAGGGGCGACUUUCAAAUUCUAAUUUUUAAGCCAUAAUAUAUAUUUAUGCGAGAUUUUUUACAGUAGGUGAAUAUGAAUAUAUAGUAAUCUAACUAGUUACAGGAACAUUUUCAGUAAAUAAUGGUAACUCUAUGGCCGUUUUAAAUCUAUCAAAGUAACCCCAAAUUUUCUAAAGUCACCCCGAUCUACGGUACCUAAUGGUAAAAGAAAUUGUAUAAGCUAUUAUUGUCAUAGUUUCAUCAUAUUUCUAUAAAUCAUUAGGAUCAUAUUUUUCAAAUCUUCGACCAUUAUUAAUACCAUUUAAUAUGAAUAUGAUAAUGUAAUAUCAGCCUAAAGUUAGUAAACAAUAUGGGGAAAAAAGUACGAAAUCGUUUUUUUGUAAGUAGUUGACAUUAUUUGAGAUUAACGAUUUUUAUUUUUACAUAAACAUCUGUAAAAUAUCGACCUUACGGUCUAAGCGAUAAAUAUCAGAUUGCAACAUUAUUUUAUGUAAUUUUCGCUUGUCUCAAAAAAGUAGUAACAAUCACUGGGUUUUAAUCUGAUUACUUUUCUGCGUAAUAUGAAUUAUUAUGCUUGCAUAAAAAUAUUGCAACUACCUACAAUAAUUAGACGAACUGUUACAAAUAUAACAUUCCUUAGGCAAAAUGUAACAUGUAUUUUCGAAAGACCGAGUGAAACUUUUUGUCUGAGAACUACACAAAUGAAAUUAAAAUAGUAAAAAGGAAAUUACUGUAAAUCCAUAUAAACUAUACACCAAGGGUGCAGAAGUCACUGUUCUGGCUUCCAAAAUGUAUACUCUGUAUCUUUAGGUAUUGAAAUAAAAGUAAAUAAAAUCUACCCUCAAAUUGCUCCUUAAGCCAGUUGAGGGUAGAUGAAAACAUUACAUGAUCAAAUAAUGUAGGUUAAAGUCAGGGCGUUCAGUGACUGAUCCAGGCGGUUUUGUAUCUGGUUGGUUAACCAAUAAAUGUUAUAACUACCUACCCGAAAAUGUACAAUUUAUCAUGGUAUAAUAAUAUACUCCGCCUGGUACUCCAUUCCCGUCUUUUCUAGGUCACCUAACUGACACAAGCCUACGUCAUCAUGCGACAGCGCUAUAUGAUAAUAUGCGAUAGCGCUAUAUAUAGCGGCCAUGUUGUUGUGACGUAGGCCUGUGUCACUCUGGGAAUAGAAGACCAUGUUUUAUUAGACUAUGCAAUUUAUUUGUUUACUUUUAUUUAAAUACCUAAAGAUACAAACUAUAGUCGUAGUACACUGCCAGUUUAACUAGUAUAAAGAACGACCCGUGGCCGGGUGGUCUAGUGGUCGACGUUAGCCGCGUAAGCUGACGCGGGUUCGAUUCCCGCCUCGGCCACCGGUGGACUUAGUCACUUUGUCUUUGUAUGUGUAUGAUAUCUAAAUCAGUUUAUAGUAAAAAGAAAUUAAUAUACAGAUUUAAAAGAAAUCUAUAGAACUUCUUACAAACUCAAAUAUAAAAUAUUGGCCUUAAAUAAAUACAGUACAAUGACAUAUUUCAUUUAACUCAAAUUAACUACAUAAGGUGUCUUGAAGCAAAACUAUUCGUGGUGAAAUAAAAAUAAUCUAUGUAUUUAUGUUACUUGGUUUUGUAAACUUAUUGACUGCUUGGUGUACUUCGAUAGAGUCAGACCAAGAAUAUAACACUUGCACUGCGUGUGCUAUCAAAAUCGUUGCAGACUUGUCUCGGUCUGACUAUUUUGUUUUCUUUAAAAAUAUAUAUAAAAAUAAAGUUACACAUCUGAAACACAAUAAUAUGGACACGUGCUUAAAGAAUAUUUUGAGGUUUAAAAAAUGAAUUUAUGGGCUACCUAUAGCCAGGUUUUUGUUAAAUAGUCUACUUUUUUUAGGUAUUUUAACAAACCAACACCAAAAUCUUCACUUCAUUUUAGCCAAUCACAACACAAGGUUUUCUUUGUUUACUUUAUUUUAAAUACCUAAAAGAAUGUAUUCACUUUAAAAGCGAAAUAGAUUUUCUAAUCCUUCAAAAAAAACUCCACCUUAGGACCCAUCUAUCUCUUCCAAAGUUAUAUCUUCUUAGACUGUAUAUAAUAUAUUAUUUUAAUAAGGUUAUAGGAUGCAAUAUUAUACGGCGAAAUAUUAUUUACUCCGAAAUGUUUA